GAGGAAUAUAACAAGAGAGGGUAGCUAAAUUUUACACACAAGAAAACAAUAGCCAGAAGAUAAAUAGCUAGGUAUAUUGUUUUCUUCUCCUCGUCUCUUCAUUACUCUUGUCUCCUUAGAUCCUUUCCUCUUGCAACCUUUUUGCUCUCAAUCUAUUGCAAAAUAUAUAAUUAUGGCGGCUGCUUCUUCAUCUACAUCAUUCUUUGGAAUCAGAGAAGAAAAUCAAAGUCAAAUAACACAUCAUCAUCCUCAUCCUCAAUCAACUACUACUUCUGCUACUUCCUCAGCUCCUUCAACCACAGUUCCUCAAAAGAAAAGAAGGAAUCAACCUGGAACACCAAAUCCAGAUGCAGAAGUGAUAGCACUAUCUCCCAAGACUCUAAUGGCAACAAAUAGAUUUAUAUGUGAGGUUUGCAAUAAAGGGUUUCAAAGGGAGCAAAAUCUUCAACUUCAUAGAAGAGGACACAAUCUUCCUUGGAAGCUAAAGCAAAAGUCCAACAAAGAGCCAAGGAGAAAGGUUUAUUUGUGUCCUGAGCCCACAUGCGUCCAUCACGACCCUUCAAGAGCUUUAGGAGAUCUAACUGGAAUUAAAAAGCAUUUCUCUCGUAAGCACGGUGAGAAGAAGUGGAAAUGUGAAAAAUGCUCAAAGAAAUAUGCUGUUCAAUCUGACUGGAAAGCACAUUCUAAGACUUGUGGUACUAGAGAAUAUAGAUGUGAUUGUGGCACCCUCUUCUCUAGGCGUGACAGUUUCAUCACUCAUAGGGCAUUUUGUGAUGCACUAGCACAAGAGAGUGUAUUAAGACACCAUAACCCUUUUGGGAGUACUCAUCAAUUGUAUGCCACAAACCAUCACAUUAGUUUAGGCCAAAUAUCCCAUCAAUUGCAAAAUCAUCAGAACCAAAUUACAUCAUCCACUAGCAACAAUAACAACCUUUUGCGCCUUGGAUCAGCACCACCAAAAUUUGAACAAAACUUAAUCUCAUCACCACCUUUAAAUCACUCUUCAUCAUUUGGACACUCAAUCCCAUCUUCAUCACCAUUCUUCAAUAUGAGUGAUAUUUCAAAUCAAUCCUUUGAAGAACAACAAUCUCAACAAGGACAAUUCUUAAACAAACAACUACAUGGUCUAAUGCAUCUUCCUGAUCUUCAAGGCAAUACAAAUACAAACAAUUCAAAUUCUUCCAAUCUUUUCAACCUUAUGGUUCAUGAUCAAUUCAACAACAUGAGUAGUACCCAAGGAACAACACUUUACAUUAACAACAAUAGCUCUUUAAGUGAUCAUCAAGUUGGUUUUGUCAAUUCAAUGCAACAUGGUCAAAACAUGUCUAGUCCUCACAUGUCUGCCACUGCAUUGCUUCAAAAAGCUUCUCAGAUUGGUUCAACUAAUUCUACCAACAAUAACAAAGGUAGUAAUAAUGAUCAUAAAUCAGGUGAUAGGGACUUUGUUGUGUCUGAUCACAACAACAUCAAUGCCACUUUUGGAAAUAGAAGUUCAAGUAUUGAAAAUGAUCAUGACAACAACGAUCUUCAUGGAUUGAUAAACUCUAUUGCAAAUGGAAACACAUCAUCCAUAUUUGGCAAUGAAAGCAAUCUUAAUAUGAGAUUUGGUGGAUCUGAUAAGUUAACUUUAGAUUUUCUUGGUGUUGGAGGAAUGGUCAGAAAUAUGAGUGGUGGAUUUUCACAAAGUGAACAACAACGUGACAUGAUGAAUACUAGUAUGGUUUCUUUGAAUCAUGACCUAAAAUCAGCACAUUCAAGUCAACAUUUUGGAAGCUCAAAUAUCUUGCAAUGAAGAUUGGGGUGAGAAAUUUAUUAAUUUAAGGAAAUAUUGCUUGUUAGUUACAUGUGAAUUAUUCAUUAAUUAAGUAGUAAACUUUGUUUCAAACAUUUAUUUAUUUUAUUUUUGUUUUCCUCAAAAGAAGUGCAGUUCAUUGGUAAAA